GAUAUGAAUAAAUAUUAUGUGAGACAGCGGUAUAGCAAUAUCCAUGGAUCGCGCGUUAUUUUUCCAUGAUCAGUCCGCGAUAAUAUUCUUUGUAGAUCUGCUUACGAACCGCGUAAUCACUCGAAUUACUUGGAACGAGACAAAUGCGGGAUAUGAUAACGGCUUUACAAUCAGGACCUGCCAUUGUCUUCUCCGAAGUUUACUUGAAUUAGCGUUAUUUCGCGGUAGUACGUAGCGAGGAGACUGCUCGUUCGUUGAUUUCCUUAAACGUGCGCGACUUACUCGCGUAACAAGUCCAUUACGUAACGAUUAAUUUAAUGCAUUAAUGUGUAGUAUUAUUACAUCGGCGUGAUGGCAGAUGAUGGGUUGUUUUUUUCCUUCGCAUAAUCGCAUAAUUACAUAAAGAUGUUCGAAAAUGCAAACCGGUACGCACAGAUUGUACAUUUUGGGAAAAAAUGCAACAUUUCAUAAAUUAUAUAUUAAGAAAAAUAUUUGAUAUAUUUGCAACUAUAUAUAUAUAUAUAUAUAAAUAUUGUGACGAUGCGGCGCUCCAACGACUGCUCUGCGCGUCACAAAACACAAAAUUAUAGCCGCGAACGGGGACAUCGGAAAGCAUCGCCUAUCAAACUCACGGAGGCCCAAAUUAGCGACUUAAUGUUAAAGCUCUAUUUUUUGUAAUCGCCUCACCGGGCAUACGGAAGGCGAUAGCUUUAGAUGGACCACGCCGAGGACUGCCGACGAGGGAAAACGGGACAGGUUUCGUCCAGACCACGAGGCCCGGGAGGAAAUAGCGAAUCCGGCGCACAGUAGCGAGCGCGAGAUAGCACUCGGAUUGGCCAUGCGGGAACAUCGCCGUGCGCGUCGUCUGGUGCCCGUGGAAGAACACGUGCGUGUCAACCGGUAUCCGAAAGGCGAGGAAGCCGUAACGGACAGACGAGAUACGCCGAAGGAUAUCGCCGAGGACCCAAGAGGCAAACGGUCCUCGAGGAAGAAGAACAUACGAGUGGCGUAAAAUAGCGUAUGCUAUUCGCCCGAUUGUGUUUCAUGAGCGCCGCGACUUGCGAACUCCUGUCGCGCGCUAAUUGGUCCGCGCCUCCCGCGUGUUGCGUAAGAAGGGGGAUCGCGGUUAAUGAAGGAUCGAUCGACGAUCCUUCGGGGCCUUUUACGUCUCGACCGUCGCCCGACUACAACGGGACUUUUGCGUCUCGACCGUCGUCCCGACUACUACGAGCUUUUUUGCGUCUCAACCGUCGCCUUAACUACCACGGACCUCUUGCGUCUUGACUGUCGCCCCGACUACCACGGGCUUUUUGCGUCUCGACCGUCGCACCGACUACCACGGGCCUUUUGCGUUUCGACCGUCACCCUGACUACCACGGGCCCUUUUGCGUCUUGACCGUCGCCCCGACUACUACGGGCCUCUUGCGUCUCGACUGUCGCUACGACCAUCACGGCUGUCGAUUCCGGGGUUCCGAGCUACCGCUUCCAAGGCUGCUGAGCAGAUCGUCGCGAGAGGCGAUUUACGGGAAAGACGGAGUUGCUUGUAAGGGACAAUGGCUUCGAUCACGGAGGACCCGUAUCCGGAAAUUACGGAGUCCGGAGAGGGAAGAAAUCCGGGAUUCUGCAGAUUGUUGUUAAGAUUCCUAGCCAUUUACUGGCGAUCCAUUAUUGUGGUGUUAUGGCCAUUGAUUCUGACUCCGUUGCUGAUAAUCGAAUAUGAGAAUCCUCUCGCCAUGCGCUGUUUGUACGUAGUCGCGUUGAUGGCGAUGUUCUGGGUGACCGAGGUACUACCGUUACCCAUCACGGGUUUAAUCCCGGUGGUUUUGUAUCCGCUGAUGGGUAUUAUGUCUACUAGCGACACGUGUCUGUGUUAUAUGAACGACACCACGAUGAUGUUCUUGGGAAGUCUGGUAAUCGCGGUGGUCAUCGAGAAUUCCGGUUUGCACAUGCGAAUGGCGUUGCUCAUUAUCAAAACCAUUGGUUGCAGCCAUCGGAGGUUAACUUUAGGCUUAUUUUUCGUGACAAUGUUUAUUUCGAUGUGGAUCUCCAACACUGCCGCUACAGCCAUGAUGAUACCCAUAAUGGAAACUGUCCUCGUGGAACUUCAAACACAAGGACUCGGAAACAUGUUCAUUCCAGAUGAAAGUGCAGCUAAUGAGGAAAGCGGCGAAACGUCUAAAAGACCUACGCACACUACCAUGGUGUAUUAUCUCGUCGCAACUUACGCGUCUAGUCUCGGCGGUAUCGGCACUAUAGUCGGAUCUGGGACCAAUUUGACGUUGAAAGGUUUCCUUGAAAAACGCUUUCCUGAGAGCCCCGGCAUAAAUUUCGCUUCCUGGAUGCUUUAUGCGGUGCCACCCAUGCUAUUGAUGGGCCUUUUCACAUGGUUGUGGUUGCAAGUGAUGUAUAUGGGUCUCUUCAGGCCACAGAGCAAAGACGCUCGCGCUAUAAACAUAGGUAAACAGGGUGAGAGGGUUGCAGCAGCUGUUAUCGAGAAGAAGUACAAAGAACUCGGAUCGAUCACAUGGCAUGAGUCCGCCGUGGGUAUUUUAUUCAUCAUUGUGGUCUUUCUGUGGUUCUUCAGGAGUCCUGGAUUCAUGGACGGUUGGCCUGUUUAUAUCACGAAUAUGAGUGUCAAGGAUUCGACGGCAGCCGUGCUCGUAACGAUAAUAUUUUUCAUCCUCCCGGCGAAGUUGGAUUUUCUGCAUGCGUUCGACAAGGAUCCGCACAAACGGCCAACCCAACCAUCUCCUGGGCUCAUUACUUGGAAAACGAUUCACCAGAAGAUGCAUUGGAGUCUGAUAAUGGUAUUGGGUGGUGGCUUCGCUAUUUCGGCUGGCAGCACUUCAUCGAAGCUGUCAGAGAUGCUUGGCCAGUCCUUGUCGGGGUUGCAAAAGAUCAACGUGGUGGCGAUAUUGAUAAUCGUCUGUUUAUUUGCUGAGACCGUGACUGAAUUGACUGCCAAUGUGGCGGUGGCAAACAUCAUAUUGCCAGUAUUAGCGGAAAUGUGUGUGGCAAUCAAAAUACAUCCCUUGUAUCUCAUGCUGCCAGCAUCUCUCUGCUGCUCGUUUUCGUUUCACUUGCCGGUCGGCACUCCACCGAAUGCGAUCGCCAGUGCCGCGGGGCACAUAAAGACGAAGGACUUCAUGUUUGCCGGUAUCGGACCCAGCAUCGUCACACUCAUCAUCACCGUGGCGACAUUCCCCACAUGGGGUACAUAUGUAUUUAAUCUAUCGAAGUUCCCCCAAUGGGCGGUAUAA